UUGUGGGUGACCUUCCAAUUUUUCUCCUUAAUAUUUGAUCCAUUGAAAAGAGGAAGUGCUGUAUCCAUUGUUUCUUCAUUGUAAUUGCACCCUUAGGAGAGGAAGAAAUUUCUGCAACAUUCAGUGUUUCUUCUUCUCCAUUGCCUCUCAAUUCUUUAAUUCCCUCUUCAUACUUCUAUUAAUAGACCCCAUUUCUUAAUCAUCCACAGGUGAUCCUAUUAAGUGCAAAUACUGAUCUUUUAGAAAAAUCCCUUUAGUUUUCCAAAAGCAGAUCCCACUCAAUUUCCAAAAAUGUUUGGCUUCAGGAAACCUAAACCAGACUCUGCUACUACAAAUACAACUCCUGAUGGAAAACACGGAACUAAACCUGGUCGAAGAACUUCUUCCGAGCCAGUACUUGUCACACCAGAUGACGAUGAUUUUGGAACAUCAUCGUCGUCAGGGACAAGGAACAAACAUAAAAGUAAGACAGAGGACUUUGAUAACAUGUCUAUGCAAGAAUUGGAGGGGUAUGCUGUAAACCAAGCUAAGGAGACCACGAGCUCAGUGAAUAACUGUUUGAAGAUAGCUGAGGAUAUUAGACAGGAAGGCGCUCAGACACUCGAUACCUUGCAUAAGCAAGGCGAACAAAUUCAUCGUACUCACAUGAUGGCUGUUGAUAUGGACAAAGAUUUGAGCAAGGGGGAGAAGUUAUUGAACAAUCUUGGUGGCAUGUUCGCUAUGCCUUGGAAGCCAAAGAAGACUCACGAUAUUAAAGGGCCUCGAACUUCAAAAGAUGAUAAUCAUAAAGGGAAAGGAGGUAGUGCAAGUGAAAGGGAAAAAUUAGGUUUAUCUAAUGGUAAAAAAGGAAAGUCAGCAUCUAGCACACCUCCUCCUGAAUCGAUGAAUGCUAUGGAGCAAGUUGAGUUUGAGAAGGCAAAGCAAGAUGACGCACUUGGGGACCUCAGCAACAUAUUAGGCGAUCUAAAAGGCAUGGCUGUUGACAUGGGAUCUGAACUUGACAAGCAAAACAAAGCUAUUGAUGAUCUUGACAAAGAUGUGGAGGAAUUAAACUCUCGAGUUAAAGGUGCAAAUCGACGUGCACGUCAAAUAGUUGGGAAGUGAGGGAAAACAUUUGCUUCAACAUCAGAUUUACUGAAAGUUUCUGGCAUUUGGCUCAAGGCCUAUUAGAAGUUUUGGUUGCUUCUUUUAUUCUUUUUUCAUUCAUUUUUGUCACUAAGAUCACCUUUUUCCAUUCCAAGUUUUACUGGAUUGUCUCACUUUUCAUUGUU